AUCCAAUAGCCUUUCUUUUUGAUGACCAAGAUAGAAGUCAAGAUGAAGGCAAUAUCACUUCUUGUCGCUUUCUUUCAAUUUGUUAGAGGUUGAGGUUCUGUUUCUCACAUUCACAACAGGAGAGAACCACGUAAGAAAACUUACUGACUCAGGUACUCAGUCGUGAUGUACAACUAUGUUAUGCGGAUGAGAAGCAUAAUUUCUACUUCUAGGGACACGAUGAACAUGUUGUUGUCAUUAUCUGGUAGCACUGGUGAAAAUUAGAUCGUAUUUUCCACGACUGGCACUGGCACAUAUUGAUAUCUCUAUUUGAACAACAGUCUGCUAGUACAUCACUGUUGUACCUAGUAUAGCGCGCGUAAAAAAUGUCGGUUUUGCUUCAGCAGGCUGGCGGAAGUUCCGCUUCGACGAGGCAUUGGCCACUCUAUGCGCAGGAGGAGUAUGAGACCAAGGUUCGUCCCAUUAAGGGUAGGUUAAAGGUGCUUUUCUUACCGCUUUUUAUGCCUCUCCUAAGGGAGAAAGGCAUAACAAGCGGGGUAAGCGAGCACCAAAAACCUACCUCUAAUCCCAGCAGUCGCGACCAGCACCAAGGUUCGUCCCAGCACGGACAGGGGCAAGGAACAGGAGCGUCAUCGAUUCAUAAGCUGUACCAAGCCUAUCGCGCUGAGGGAAUGCGCAAGUCCUUUCAGUGCGUUCCGCUGUGCUUCAACGCGGAGGGACACGUCUGCGUCAUCCUGAAAAAGAAACGAGAUGGGACGCUCAAAUUGCUUGGUGGGAAACUGCGGGCACACGAGAGCUUGCGCGAGGCUGUGGCGCGAAAGAUCAACGGCAUAAUAUUUGCGCCAGAAACGCAGAAAAAGGGAGCGGAACCACCUUACAAACUUGGGGAAUUGCUCAGUGUCUGGUACUAAGAUUUCACUUGCAGUGCUGUGCUGCCAGAGCCAGUUUUAUGUUAAAUCUUCAUCACACAUCAAGAUGUCGUCGUGCUGCUAGUUCAUCAUCUUUAUCUUUAUUUACAGUUCUUGUUAUUUCUUCAUGUCCUCCAUCGAUCCAGGUACCGAUGCAACUUCGAGGAUCUGCUGCUCCCUUAUCUUCCCUUGCACGAAAACAGACCCAAGGAGAGAAUAGAGGUGUACCAAUUGGUGCUGCCACAGCGAUGCACCUUUCAAGUAACGCAACAGUUGGACACGCUGCCACUGCAUGACCUCCAAGCUGAAUGUCCGGUCCUGGCGUCUCUACCUGCCACACUGUCCAAAUUUGCGUUGGACAGGAUGGAAAGGGAAGCAUAG